AAUUGGUCUAUUUACUGGGACGAGUUGAGCUAUUUACGUAUGCGGUUGCUUAGGCAUUUACUGCGACCCUAUAGAUGGCAACAAGUCAUUCGGUCAUGGCCGAUACCAAAAAUGACGCCUAGCACUAAAAUCUAAUCAGCACUGCCUUGCGCACAUUAGGCAUGCUCAAUGCACCUGCUGGUUGUGGGCAUCCUGUUUGUCGCCGCCUUCGAGCUGUCGUUGCGCGGCCAGUCGGCGACGAUAAAUGCUCUCAACAUAUCGACAUUUACCCCUUUGGAAGGCUCACUAGCUGGGGGAACGCGACUCGCAAUCUAUGGCGCGGGAUUCGACAAUCAAUUCACCGGGAGUCUUUCGGUUGCGAUUGGACCAUACCCUUGCCAAGUACUAGUGACUCAAAGCAGCGCGCAAGUGGUCACAUGUGAGGCCUCCCCGGGGCUCUCCGGCACGUAUUGGGUUAGCGUGACCUCACGUGGUCCGGAUGGCAUCACCGCCACUGCCGCUGCAUGGGGGUUCACCUACACAGCGAGUCGCACGCCAGUCAUGCGCGCCGUACAGCCAUCUGCUGGCCCGCCUGGGGCCUCCAUAGCCAUCAUAGGUAACCCGGUGGACGUCGUUACACGUGACUGCGGCCCCACUGCGUGGGGUGAUUCAGACUGCCUGGGGGGCAUUCGGGUGGGCCGGCUGCUGUGCGCGGUGCCAGAGGGCGACAUCAGUCGCAUCUACGAUGUCAGGUCGCAGCGGCUGCGGUCGGCUGGGCAGACGUUUCAGAUAAACUGCACAAUGCCGCAACCGCAGCGGAACAACCCAAAGAUGCCCUCCGUCGUUCCCGGACUCGGCACAGCUGGCAUGUACAACGUAACACUUGCCUUUGAAGCAACAUCACGUGGUGGCAGGGCUGGCGUGCACAGCAGCGCCUGGCUUUACAAGGCUGAUGGCACGCCGUACAUGUACGAGCAGUAUCCUGAGGUGUCGUACAUAACCCCGUCCGCUGGUUCCAGCGCGGGCGGAACCCUUGUGACCAUCUACGGCCGCGGCUUCCCAGAUUUCCAUCGCGGCCUGGACGACAAGGUCGAGAUUCAGAUCUCACCAGGCAUGCCUUGCGUCGUACAGGACAGUGUGUACGAUAAGAUCACGUGCAUGACGUCAGCCCGGCCGGACAAACUGACACCCGACGUCAGUACUGCAGUUGUCCGGGGUUUGUACUCCGGCAUGCGCGGUGCUGAGUACGAAGUAUAUCCUACGGGACCUGACAGGACUCCGGGCUUUAGAGAGCUAUGGAAGCUGAACACGACCAUUCGGGCUGUGGACCUACCCAACGGUUAUGUGGGAGUGCUAAUGGACACGAUGGAGGGCCGGACUGCGGACUAUGGCUUGCCGUACCAUUGCAGCCGCAUGAAGGGCUUCUUCAGGGCGCCGCGAGAUGCAAACUACACCUUUUACGCCGCAGCUGAUGAUUACGCGCAGCUAAAUGGAACCUGGAUCCAGGAUGGCGGCGGUGAAGUGCAGCAAGUGCUGCUGAACGUGACGUCGCCAACAGCGCUACUAGACUGGAAAAACUUGUCAAGCAGCCAGGCAUCUGCGCCCAUUAGGCUGUCAUCUGGGCAACCCAUCUUACUGGAGCUCAACCACUGCAACGUACUGUCGUACGGCACUGCUCAGUUGGGAGUACGGGUCUCCUCCAGCAGCCCCGCAACCAACUCCCUCAGUGAGGUGCAACGAAUCCAUGUGACCAGCGCCCGGGUUCCGAGAUCCGUCGCAAUCUCGUACAUGUACGUCAGCAGCAGCAGCCCACCGGCUGUAGCGGUUCAGGUUUUAGUUUCUGCGGACAGUCCAACUCGCUUUUCGGAUCGCCGAUUAGGCCUGCAACUAGUGCUCAAUGUACUCAAUGGCUUGGCGACGGUCAAACUGCCUGUAGCAGCCACAGCUGCCGAGCUUACUGCAACCACCAUUGCAGCCCUGCUGGAGUCUCACAACGGCACCGUCCUGAAUAACACGACCUUUGGGAUCCGGAAAAGCAUCAGCGGAACAACGCUUACCCUGGAGCUGGGAGGGGACAAAGAAGUCCUGAAGGCAAUGAAUGUUGUCUCCUUCCGGCUACUUGACCUUGGUACUCACGUCAUCGUUCCCUCAAUCACCGACUGUGAAUUCGCCAAUCCGCUGCUGCAGCCUGUAACGGGCACGGAGGCUAUCAAUGCGUUUACCAGCCUACCCAGCACUGCCCAGACGCAGGCGGAAGCCCUGGACCUCAACUUAUUCACUGUCACUCAUCGCUCAGCAGCAACGGUUCAAACUUCGACACCAGCUGGAUCCUGGCAGUUGUCCGUACAAACCGCCAACGGCAGUUUUAACGUGGACACCUUGCCUUACAACGCCACAGCUGAGCAGGUCGCGACUGCCGUUACCAAUUUGACUGGCAUUGAAGUGGCUGUAUACCGCUCGUCCAAUGUACGGCAAGGCGCUUAUCUUGCGACAGUCUGGAACAUCACAUGGCCUAGGCUGGCCUCAGGUUCUUCGUCUACCGGCAGGAGCUCAGACAGCGCCGCAGUGACGGUCCUAGCAUCCCCAGGAGUUGGCUUUCCUUCAGCCGCAGUCCUGGCGACGGAGGACCGUGCGGCCUCAGCGGCCCCCUCAGGCACCAUUCGUGUCUCCUUUGGCGGCGAAUGCGAGUGGACCGAACUCAACGUCUUCAAAGACCCGUUGGACGUCAUUCAGGCCAAGCUUGGGUCCCUCCCGGGAUUCAAAGCCCCGCCACGGGACGCCAUACGCGUCGCCAACGACGACGGGUCUGUAGAUGUUGCCUUCAGCUAUGAUUCUAUUGCAAACCCCGGGGACCAACCGUUGCUUAGGGUGGUUGAUACGCGCGGGCUAGUGGGAGAGGACCCAACCGCCUGGGUUGUUGCAGACAGCACUGGAAGUACGGACCAAGUGUUUUUCCCAAUUCCCGUCGACAUGAUCCAUCUGCCGAUACCUCUUGAAAAUACCAUUACUCUGUCGGUCAACGGAGCGGCGGCGGCUUGCACUCACCCUUCAGGUACUUGCUCCUACGCAUAUGAGGGAAGCCUGACGCCCAAGAUCACGUCAGUGCGACCUACUACGCUAUCCUUUGGAGAUGGACAGACAAGCGCUCUCCUCACAAUUCUUGGUAAGGGCUUUACUCCAGCUAACAGCAGCAACACGACCAACAGCAGCGGCCUUGGCUCCAGCAGUAGCGGCAUUGGAGCGGUUGCCGUUACCGUUGGAGGUGCCAACUGCAGUGUCGUGUCAAGCAACGACACCGCAGUGUCAUGUGCUCUUCAGCGGGGUGCUGUUUCUGCUGGCAAACACAGCGUAGUGCUUUCCGUACCCGGAAAAGGCUACGCCAGCGGCGCUGGUAAAGUUGUGAUUAGUAACCUGAUGAUAAGCGACAUGCCGCCAUUGCUGCUGUCAGCGCAAGGCAUGACGCAGAUUUCGAUCAAUGGUGAGGGGUUUGGUUCAACGGAGGCGGAGUGCUCCAACUUACGCUUACUAAUUGGUGACGUGGCGUGCUGGACGGUUUCCUGCACGCCUACCAGCCUUACCGCGAUUUUCCCGGGUGGUCCUGUUGGCGUGAACCUCCCAGUGAAAUUACAGGUCCUUGAAAGCGGCACAGUCGUGGUAGAUUACACAGCGGCUACGGUGGUUGCUGCCGUUGAUGAUCUCGCCCCAGCUGUACUGCUUCAUACAGCCUCAGUUGGGGCCUUGGGCGGCGACAUUAUGCUGACUCUGUUGCCAGAAGGCAUGACUGCGGACCUAAUCGCCAGCAUCUCCCUGGUUCCAGCUGUCAACACGUCACCAGCAGCUGCCAUUACCGGCACUGGCAGCAGCAUUGCCAACAUCAGUACGCUUGCCGUAGCCAUGGCAAAAGCAUACCCAUGUUCCUUUUCACCAGCAGACGACUUUGCUGAGGCGGCUGCUGGCGCGGUUACAACCAUCUCUAGCACCGCAGGUCCUCUGCCACGCGGCGGCUACUACGUGAGGGUAGUGCUGACGGAGGCACUAUCUGGACUGACGCUGUUGUCUUCCAAGACGCUUACAGUUGACCUUGCUGUGACAGACAUUAACCCCAAGGUCGGCAGUGUAGGCGGCGGCACAUCUCUAAAGAUUAGCGGCCGGGGCUUUAGCCCCCGUGCAGUUGACAACCUGGUCUUCUUAUCAGUACCCGUUUCCACCACCUUCCGAACCGGGCGGAUGCCGUGUGACGUCUUAUCGGCAACGGCGACUGAGAUUGAGUGCCGUACCCGGCCAUAUUUCCUUGCUGAAGUCGACAUGGAGGACCCGCAUGCGAGGAAGUUGACACCUACCGUGGCAACGGAUCUGGCAGUUGACGUGGUUGCUUGCACUUGGACAGACGAUGCCACGUCCUCACUGGAGACAUGUCUUACCAAGGGCUCAAUGGCGCGCUGCGAGGCGAGCAGCUCCCAGCAGCAGUCGUGUCUCUUCAGCUACACUGCAUCUGCAACACCUGUAUUCGGUUCCAUAACUCCAAGCACGGGUCAAGGUGGCACAGAAGUGCAUGUGCUGGGGCGCAACCUGGGCUCAGUGGUUGAAAUGCGGUUCUUGACUGCGGCUGGUGACAUCCAAGCGGCAUGUGCGGCGUCAGAAGACUUCGGUCCGCCUGGCACGGAGGCGGUCAUGUGUGAGGUUCCGGCGGACCUUCCUCUCGGGAACUACAGCCUAGUCCUAAUAACCGACACAGGAGGAGCCUCUGUAGAUCCAUACGGGGCAUCGACGUUCUCCUGCCAGGCCAGCAUGAUCAGUGUCCAGCCUAGCGCCGUGUCACUAGCUGGCGGGUUGCCACUCACGGUCACGGUUUCGGGUGCGGACUUGCAGUCCCUCAACCUCAGCACGUUUUCUGUCACGCUUGGAGCUGGCGUGCUGGGGUCUGCGGGCCUGCCCUGCACUGGACUGACGGCUAGCAGUGCCACGGAGCUUAGUUGCAUGGCACCGGCGCUGACAGGAUGGGUGCUCGCAGAGGUUUGGAAGUCGCUGGAUGAUGACGUUUUGCAGUCCCUGGAUAACUACGGCGAUCCAGAUGAGGUGCUUUUGGUGGAGGGGGACGAUUUCAGCAGCGCUGAUAGCGGCCUGGCGGCACCGGCGGGUGCUGUUCCGGGGCGCAUGUGGGCUGGUCGGGCCACAUUCUACAUGCAGCUUCUGACUGACACGGAGGCUGUCGUUUCCUUCAGCGCCGUCAACCUGACGGAGUUGUGGGUGGAUGGCAGCCUGGUGGGCGGCGUGACCCAAGGCAGCCAAACCUUUCCCGUCACCCUCUCUGCGGGCCUUCGCAAGCUUACCUUGGCCUUUCACCAGACCACCCAGUCCGCCAACACCAGCUUUAAACUUUCCGGCGAUACAAGCACCCUGGAGGGUAUGGCAUGGGCUAAGGUAACCCCGGUAGCCCCACGCACACCGCUGCAAGUCAUGGUUACCGUGAACGGGGCGCCCUUUGAAGCCGCAUGCGACGAGCAGCACGUCCCGCUGCUCUCAUCGGCUAAUCAGCAGGCCUCGCUGAAUUUCGAGCCAACCGCAGUGAAUCUUGCUGCCGGCUCCCCAUCAUGCAGCGUCGUCUACAGUGCCUACAAGACGCCAACACUGGCUGCAGAGGUGUUCAGUCUGUCAAGAUCCGGUGUGCAAUUACCCAACCGUACAGCAUCAGUACGGACGUUGUACGCGUACGGAAGUUUUCUGUCGUCUGCCUUGGAAUCCGAGGUGACCAUAACGGUUGGAGGCUUGGAUUGCGGCAGCAAGACCACCGCAGUUAUCGCCGCCAGCGCUUCUAGUGUAUCAGGCAAUGGUGGCACCAGCAUAACGCGGUUAGCAUGCACCGUGCCGCCUCUGCCGCUGGGAGACUGGCCCGUGGUGAUAACCGUGGCGGGAUACGGUGCCACACGGCUACCGCUCAGCUUUUGGACCGAUAGCCCGGUGCUCUCCUCAAACCUGACUGAUGACGGUUUGCUUGGCGACUUGUCUGCAUUGCAAACAACCUGCCAGGUUUCUCUCUUCGGUGGUGGCGCCCUUGACUUGACGGGUACCAGCAACAUCGCGGACCUUCAGGACGCCAUAGCAUCCCAGCAGCUGGCCGUUAGCUGGGAUAGAUCGGACGAAUCAGCCACUGGGGCAUGUGUACAAACGGCAAUUUCCAACUGUUCAUGGUUAGGCAGGCCAACACCGCCACAAGCCGCCGUCAACGCAUCCAAGCUGUCCAUUACUCUGGACUGGGCUGGGGGUGCUCCAGUGGUUUCAGUUGGGCGGUACAAGCUUGCCGACCUGCCUGCACCAGCGGCAGCAACCACAGUGUGGCCAGAGCUUUUGUCAUACAUAGACAACGCUGCCGUGCAAAGCUCCAUGAAAUGGCGCAUAAAGCAGGCUUCCAGCACCGCAGCUGGUGGUACGUCAGAGUCCUGGGGCCUGGCGUCCAUGUGCGGGGGAUAUACCCCCUACAUAUACGAACUAUCACCGACGACAGCUAACCCCGACAUGAUUGACGGCGAAGUGCAAGCCCAAGUCAGGUGGCGACUAACCGGAGUCGGAAGCGCUGACGGUGUGCUGCAGACCGCUGACAUCAGCACACCCAGCCUUGCCACCCUUGAGUUCGAACCCCAUGAUGGAAGCAGACGGACCCUGACCUGCAUCCAGCCCACGGUCAUCUCCAGCACGGCUACUGAAACAACCUAUGACGAGACGUUCUCAUGCAGGCUCCCACCUUACAUGACAGCAACGCAGUACACCGUGUGGCUUUGUGUGCAGCCCUACGGCUGCGGGUACUACCCUGGGAGCUGGGGUGUUACAUACCAGCCUUUGGGCUUCCAAGAGGGGUUUCCCACAUCAGGUCCUGCUACGGGCGGGACAGUCCUGGGUGUGAAGAGCAGCGGCCAUAGCAUGGACCCCACCGCCAUCAAGGAGCGAUCGAGGUCACGGAUUCAAGCAUGACCUUUACUUUUCUUCCAAAGCUGGACUUGGUGAUUUUCUCCGUAUCACCGGCUAGGGGAUCAAUAGAAGGCGGGACACUGCUAACUAUUGCUGGGAGCGGCUUCCAAGGAGCUGUGACGGAUUCAUUAUCACGUUCAAGUGUUACGACAGUUCUCAUCGGGGAUGAGAACUGCGACUCGGUUACUGUUGUGUCAGAUUCCCUGCUGACGUGUGUGGCACCGGCUGCCACGAGUGCCAAUGCGGUUGCGGGCGAGCUACUGCAAGUAACACUUUACGACGCGGAUAGCAACCCUAGCGCCUUUCGCAGCAGCAGCAACAGCUCUAGUUCAGCAGCAGCCUUCCAGUAUGUGGCUCUUUGGUCUUCGGCGGCCACAUGGCCCAUGGGUCGGCCACCACAGGAAGGAGAGGAUGUAGUCAUCGCUAAUCGGACAGCAGUGCUUCUGGAUACCAGUCCGCCGCCUCUGGGAAAGCUUACUGUAUCUGGUCUGCUGCUCUUCGACGAAGCGCAGCCGAACAUUGAUUUCCAGGCCCGCGCUAUCCUGGUCGACGGCGGCAAUAUCACCGCAGGCAGCGUAUCUCGGCGUUAUUCAUCAAAUGUGACCAUAACAUUACUAGGGUCUCCGGGUGACUCAGGGCUGCCUUUAUACGGCACUAAGGUGCUUGCCGUACGUGAGGGUUCUGUGGAACUGUACGGCGUACCAAAGCUCCCGCCGUACACAACCCUGAACGCGACUGCGGACCCCGGGAACAGCUCUGUGCUCGUCAAUGGUCCGGUAAACUGGCAGGUGGGCGACCGUAUCGUGAUAGCAAGCAGCUCCAUAUUCGCUGACGAGGUCGACGAGGCAACCGUGGUAUCAAUAAGCAGCACGAGCGACCCACGGGUCGUUCGACUGGGACUGGACCAAGCCCUGUCAUACACCCACCUAGGGGUUAUCGUCACGCCAACUUCUGCUGCUGGUAGCUCGAGGCCUAUUCAGCCACUUGACAUGCGUGCAGUGGUUGCCGUACUGACCCGCAACAUUGUGUUGCGGGGUGACUCCUCUUCAAAGGAGACGGCGUUUGGUGCGCAGGUCUUCGUGCAUUCCCCACCCAACACGCCACGCGCCAUUGUACGGCUGGAGAACGUCGAGAUGUCGCACAUGGGACAGGCAUUGGGUCCUGGGCGCUUCUCACUUCACUGGCAUCAGCUUGGGACCUCAGGCAGCGGCAGCAGCUCGGAUAGUGCCUCUUGGAUUCGGUAUUGCAGCAUUCACGAGGCAUACGCUCGAGGAUUGGUGCUAGACAGUACGAGCGAUGUGCAUGUGCAACAGACAGUGACGUACAACGUGUACGGACAUGCCUUCACGCUAGAAAACGGCGCAGAGGUGGGCAACCUCUUUGAUGGAAACGUGGGCAUUUUUACGAGGUCAUCGUCGGCUUUAGCAGACGAAGACUUGAGGCCUGCAACGUUUCGCAUCACCAACCCGAACAAUACCCUCAGGAACAACAUUGCUGCUGGUUCCGACUAUACUGGGUUCGCCUACCUCCUCCCCGGCAGCCCCGGCGGCGCCUCCAGCCCCAUGUGCCCCCAGUUCACCCCAAUGCCCUCUGGAGGCUUCUCAGCCAACAAAGCCCACUCCCACCUGCUGUACGGGUUACGGCUACAUCCGCAAUACUUUCCUCGUAGCAAUCCUUGUCAAGGCCUCACCUCACCCUUUCAGCAGGUGGCUGCCGUGUUCGAGGGUUUCACGGCGUUCAAGAACGGCUACAAAGGUGCAGUGGCGAGUCAGGUGGGCCUGGUUCAGUUCCGAGGCAUGGCCCUUGGGGACAACGGUGCUGGGCCUGUCGUACCUGUCCGGGACCGCAAGGAUGUCGCGGCGGAGGCUGAGAUUGCAUGGGUGCUUGACGAUCGCCCCAGGCGGCAAGUCCAGCUGGCGGGCAUGGCAGGCCUGCACAACAGCACACUGUACGGCAGGACUGUCCAAGGAGCCCGCGGUACGGCAGGACGGUGGCCAAACCCCAACCCGCGCAUCGUCAGCAUUGCAACCCAGAGCGCAGUCCCCGGGCAGCACGCUCUGUCCCAGGCCGCAUUGUCCUUGGUCAACAUCACCUUUGUGAACUACGCAACGGCAACAAUCACAGUAACGCCUGGGGAUGUGUAUCCCCAGUACUACGCGCUCGAGGCAUGUGCCAGGUGCCUGCCCGGCCAGGGAGGUGCGACGACGUUGACUGCCGGCAUCCGGUUUAUCAGCAUGACCAACAACGGAACUGCUGGUGGAUCUGCUGGAAGCAGUGCAGGCGGUGGAGUAACGCCCCCACGACCGGCUGUAGCGUUUUGGAGCUGGGCACAACAGGGCGUGUACGAGGACACCGAUGGCACGCUGCUAGCCCCUGCAAACCUGGCACCAUACACUUGGGACUGGGCAAGCAGCUUCCCUGCAGUCCCAUGGUUCGGUGCGACCUUCCACAGCGCUGUCUCCAAUGACUUCUUCGACCCUUCGGCUUGCACGUACCUGCGUGGGCCUCAAGGGCAGCCCACCACUAACAAUGGGGCCAUUUGCGCACCUAGUGCUGGCCCUUUCCGCCGCAUCAUCGUAGAUUCCCUAGGACCAGCUGAGCUGACAACAGGAGACCUUUGGGUGGUUGAUGUAGCAAGCAACAGGAGCUUGCUGUUGCCGUACAAAGGUACGGAGGAUAAGGACGGCUACAUGUUGCUGGUCCCAAGCUCACGGGAAUACUGGAUCCAUUGGCGCUCCAAGAAUGGAUCCCGGGUGGAUCCCACAUCGUACAGGAUUCGGAGUAUAGACGCUCUGGGCUCGGCUGACUAUCUGUACAUUACAACCAAGUACAUACGGCUCAUGGAUAACUUUACUAUGAACGGGACUACUGUGAAGUCAGCCCUUCGACCCCUGGCAAGCCCUACAACGACCCAUGGGUCAUCUGCCUACAACCGUACCUUCGCCCCGAACACCUGGCGCUGGGUCACCCUUCCAUCUGCAGCAGCAAGCAGCCCCCAGCCCGGCAUCGUGUCUACAUUUAACGACACAACCUUCACUACCUUCAUAGCAGGCUCCAUAUCAAGCCCAGUUCUCGUAAAUGCAUCAGUUGUCUGUUCCUCUUCCAGUUGCGGUACAAUACCAGUGCCGUACGUUGAACAACAGCCCGAGCCCUUCUUUCGUUGGUCAUUGGCUUCUACCUGGCCAGCGCUGCGUCCAAGUGGCAAGCCGGCGGCCGGUGAUAACGUGACCAUUCCCGAAGGAUUUACGGUCCUGCUGGAUGAGAGCACGCCGCCGCUGGCUUCUCUGGUCGUACGAGGAUCUCUGAUCUUUGACGUGUCGCAGGACAUCGACCUAAGGGCUUCGCUGUUGCUUAUUGCAGGACAGGGCUUGCUGUCUGUCGGUUCGUCCACAUCUCCGUGCCCUAGGACUGCACGCAUCUUGCUCUCGAGUGGUCCAGCUUGGACGAUUUCAGACCUCAUACUCAAGGAUGUCGGUUCCACUCCCGAGGGAUCCAACUCCGCAACCUACCUCGGCAGCAAGGUUAUUGCCGUGCUUGGUGGGGGCACGCUGGACCUGCAUGGCCGUCCCCUGGGCCAGAGGUGGACUCGGUUGCUACAUCCCACCAAGCCCGGGGAUGCCGUACUUCGGGUGGAUCCCGCGGCGGUUCUUGGAUGGCAACCUGGAGACCGGGUUUUGAUGACGUCAACGUCGUACAAUCAGCAUCAAUCUGAGGUACGAUACAUCAUCGCCAUCUUGCCGUACAGUCGCCUUACAAACGACACCUCCGAAUCUCCGGCUUCCAUGGCUCUGGUGCUCAAUGCGCCCCUAGUUCAACCCCAUGGCGCUCGUUUAGUGGGCGAUGCUGGAGGCCCAAUGGCCGAUUUGAGGGCAGAGGUGGCCCUGCUGUCUUCCAACGUGAUAGUGGCUGCUUCAGAAGCGUACGACAACAACCCUGCAAACCAACCUAAUAACAGAAGUAACGCCAGCGCUAGCUAUUCAUACUACGGCAACAUAGCUGAUGUGCAUGGUGACUACAAUUUAUCAGACGUGACAACAGAACAUGGAGUCCGGCUGCUUGUUUCAGGCAACAGCACUGCACGUGUGGACGGAGUCUUGAUCGAGCACUGUGGACAGGUUUGGGAUGGCCAGGCCCUGCCUUGUCUAUUGUACGAUGGUCUCCUUCCGGCGCAAACAGCUAUUGCUGUCAGCAGUAGCGGGACUUCUGGUAGCAAUGCUAGUGUUACUGGCGCUGCCGUGACCACCACCUCUUACAUCAGUAAUUCAGCAAUCUUGGGGGGAGUUGGCGGAAACAUCGUUGUCAACUCGAAUUCAUCAUCUAUGGGAGUCGGUAUCUACGGCAAUGUUCUAUACGGGUCUUAUGGUGCGUCAAAUGUGUGGCUCAGGACGGGUGGAAAUGCACUGACACAGAAUUUGGCACUUGGCUGUGCCUUGUACGAUAUAGCGGAUCACGGAAACACAACAUGGAGCUCUGGCGAGCUACUAACUGCUAACUACCAUAUUAGCUCACCUGAGAAUUGGAUUGAGGGCAACGUGGCAGCGGGAAGCGACCGUUUUGGCUUCAUCCUCCAGGGCUUGCCAUGCACAGAUCCAGCGGGGGCAGGGCCAGCCGGUAGUACUAGUAGCAGCGGCGGCGACCCUGGACCAUUUAGUUGGACCCAUGGGUCUUUCCUCAACAACACGGCACACAGCUGCUUGGCGGGCUUGUGGCUUCGUGCCAGCGCUGCUUCGAGAUCUGUCAGCUGCACGGCCCUCUCCAACUUCACGGCACAUGCCAACUGGGACUUUGGCAUAAUUACCAUGCGUGGGAUUGACACGGAUGUGCGAAUGUACGACGUGCAUGUUUUGGACACCAAGCACGCUGGAGUGACGCUACUCCGCCAGGGCAGCUUUACGGAGCCCUCUGGCAUUUCCUGGCGUGGUGGCUUGCUGGCUGGACGGUCCUCUUCUGACGUCUGUGCAGCUUGCAGCUCUCCAACCGACGCUGGUUGUCAUAAGCGAUUGUCGAGGCAGUCGUACAAUCGUGGUCUACCGUACACUCCAAGCGUGGGCAUUCUGUCCUCAGCCUUUGCGUUGGGUUUCUCCCUGGGGCCGGAAUAUGGGCCCUGGGAGGCUGUUAGCGGCUAUCCCACUGUUUUCGGCCACAUGAACGUUAGUCUGGUCACGCUGCUGAACUUCGAGGGGUAUGGCGGCUGUGCUGGCGGCAGCUUUGCAAUGGCCAACAACCCCUCUGCUCCGGACGCUUUCCAUCCGCACUUCUUCUGGAAUAUGCGCCGUGUGAACGUUAGCUCCACUGGGUCAAGCCAAGGCCUAUUUCUGCUGAAGGGUCCAGACCCCUCCUGGCGCAACUUGGCGGAUUGCGGGACAGCAGUCUACUCCCCCGAGUCUGGCGUCAUCACCGCCACCAACAGCAGCAACAACAACAGCAACUCCCAGGGCGUUCCUCUUAACUGCGCUGGCCCUGCGCAUGCUUUCUUCCGCGACGUAGAUGGCUCACUUUCGUUGCUGUCAGGUCAGCCUGCCACUCUGGUGGGGGCCUAUCCAGAUGAUCCAAGGGUGCUGCCGGUGACCCAGGGGUCACUUGUGCCAGGGGACCAGCGCUGCUCCUUCAACACCGACAUUGGGGGAUACGUCUGCGGGGAUGCGGACGGGUUCAACACGCGGCUCUUCGUACUUGCGAGCUUGGAUGCAGGCAGUGAGGUUCGUGGUCCGAAUGCUGCUCUCUUUAACGUGUCAGGUGUUGUGGACGUCGUACUUCCCACCAUGGACCAGGUGGGCCGGGUUGGUCCAGGAUGAUGUUGGGUGGCGCGGGGACGAACAGAACGGAGGC